UCUGGGCAGGAGCCUGAUUGGCCGGGGCGGCGUCGCCAGGGCAACGCGAGGAGGGGCGGGCCGCUGCGUCCCUCGGGAGGCGGGCGGUGGGGCACGGUGCCAUUUACCGGAAGUGGCCUCCGGGCGCCGGCGCUGCGGUCGAGGUCCCUCUUGGUGGCUCUAAGAAGAUUUCCAGCACAACAAUGCCAUCCCCACUGGGCCGCCCAUGCCUGCCCUCCGUGGAUCCCGCAGCCACCCUGGAGGAACUUGAGGCAGCACGCCUGCGCUUCCGGGGGUUCUGCUACCAGGAGGUGGCGGGUCCCCGAGAGGCCCUGGCCCGGCUCCGGGAGCUGUGCCGCCAGUGGUUGCAGCCAGAGGUGCGCUCCAAGGAGCAGAUGCUGGAGCUGCUGGUGCUGGAGCAGUUCCUGGGCGCCCUGCCCCCUGAGAUCCAGGCCUGGGUGCGGGGACAGCGGCCAGGCAGCCCUGAGGAGGCUGCAGCCCUGGUAGAGGACCUGCAGCAUGACCCUGGGCAGAUGCUGGACUGGAUCACAGCCCAUGUCCUGAAGCAAACGGUGCUCCCGGCAGCACAGAAGACAGAGGAGUCUUUGGGGAGCCCCCACCCUUCAGGGACAGUGGAGCCCCUCAGGGCAGCCUCUGGUGAGGAACCACAGGACACCCAGAUGGAGGGGCAUGCCCAGCUCAGCUACAGUGUGAAGGAGGAGCCUGAUGCUGAUAGGCAGGAGAUGGCACCCUCCAGUCCCCCAAAUCCAGCCCCGUCCCACGAGGGGCGCCUUGAACACUGGGAACUGGCCUCUACGUCCUUCCACCCACCCAGGACUCAGGAGGAGUGGGGGCUGCUGGACCCGUCACAGAAGGAGCUGUACUGGGAUGCGAUGUUGGAGAAGUACGGCACGGUGGUCUCCCUGGGGUUGCCGCCCCCGCGGCGGGAGGCGCCGGCCGAGUCUGAGCCCGGGGCGCUGAGCGCGGGGACCGAGGGCCAGAGACGUCUCCACCCGGGAGACGCGAGCGAGAGCCCCCGCGAGGGUCCGGCGGGCCGCCCAGAGGCCCCGGAGUGCGGGCGCAGCUUCAGCUGGAAGUCUCAGCUGGUCAUCCACCGCAAGAGCCACGCCGGCCAGUGGCGCCACUUCUGCGGCGACUGCGGCCGCGGCUUCGACUGGAAGUCCCAGCUGGUCAUCCACAGGAAGAGCCACCGGCCCGAGGCCCCGUGAGCCCCGCCUUGGGGGCCUGCUGCUCGGCCUGGGUCUGGGAGAUUGCAGUGAUUCAGAGUU